AAUAUCGAUGCAUCGUUUGCAUCCCUAUUUCCUACAAAAUUUCGCGGAUAGCGUGCGCUUUUUAUGUUCAUUGUGUUUAUCUCAUAUAAUUAAUUAAGAUAACCUAAUAAAAAUAUGUCUUUAUUUGUACUGGACUCUACAGGUGACACAAAUUUGUUAGAACGCGAAUCCCACGGCACAGCUGCGGUUGAGAACAAAUUGUGGCGAACGUUGGAAGAAACCACCAGACAAAGCCAACUCGAGGUUAUAAAAUGCACGGCAUUAUCUGAUGAAAGCAGAGAUAAUGAAGAUGAUGAAGAUUAUUUUGGUUUGCCACCACCCAACGUGGACAUUUCACAAAUAAUACGGGAGGAGCUUCCGAAGCUAACAUCACCCAAAACUAAACUCGAGGAAGAGUUAGAUAAACUAACGGAAAAGAUAGAUGCAACAAUACUAAGAAUGGCGGAACAUCCUAAGAAAAAUUCUAAAACAAAUUGUAAAACCAUGGAUUUCUCCGAUUAUAACCCAGCAACCGGCAAAUUUGAUGUGGAGCACCAAGUAAAAACAGAUGUUGGGAAGGAAAUGGCAAAAUCGCAGUUGGUGGACGGUUUUGGUAGACUUAAAGAGCUUCCAUUUUUUAAUAAAAAGAAGCUUCGCGAUAUCAAAAGGAUUGAACGUUCCAAGACUAAAGGGCCUGGAUGGUAUAAUUUGCCUGCCACAGAGCAAACGGAAGAAACCACAAAUGAGCUAAAAAUUCUACAAAUGCGUUCUGUCCUAGAUCCAAAACACUUUUACAAGAAAAACGAUCUUAAAGUUCUGCCUAAAUAUUUCCAAAUCGGCACUGUACAACAUUCGCCUUUGGAUUACUAUAGUGAACGUGGCACGCGCCACAAAAAACGUUCAUUGGUGGAUGACUUGCUAGAAGAUGAUACUGCUAAAAAUUAUACAAAACGAAAAUUUAAGGAAGUGAUUGUUCGUCGUGAAAAAUACGCACAUCGAAAAGCUAUGCAAAAAAUGAAAAAACAGAAGAAAAAUAAGUCGUAGGUUAUGCUUAUGAGUUUAAUUUUUUUAAUUAAGUAGAAAUAAUUAUGUAAAUAAAUAAAAGUA